AUGGCGGCCGAGGGAUUUCUUACCUUUUUCCUUCAAAAAUUGGACGGGCAGCUCACGCAGGAACUGAAGCUCCUCUCUGAAGCUCGCGAAGGGGUUGAAUGGAUAAGGGAUGAGCUCCAAUCCAUAAAAGCCUUCUUGAAAGACGCUGAAAGAAGAGGAGAUCAGAGGGAAGAAGGUGUUGAGGCUUGGAUCACCCAAGUGAGACAGUUAGCCUUCGAUGCUGAAGAUGCAGUUGAUGAGUACUUGAUACGGAUGGAGAUGCAACGCCGUCUUCGUGACAGGCCCAUGGGCUGCCUUGCAUUUCAAGCCUGCUUCAUCAGGCGCUUGAAAGCUCAGCGACAUUUCGGCACUCAAGUUCAGAAGUUCAGAAGAAUGGCGAAAGAGAUUCAUGAGAGGAGGGAACACUACCGUUUCCAAAUUACACAAGAGACAGCUUCAAUUUUGGUGGAUGAUGGCCAUCCGGAUCCUGGAGUCGCUGCUCAUUGGGUCGAAGAACCAGAUAUCGUGGGCUUGGAGGAUGCGUCGGAGCAGCUUAUGAACUUGCUUAAGGAAGAGCAGACGCAGCAACGUACCAUCAUUUCCAUCGUGGGGAUGGGUGGUAUGGGAAAGACAACCCUUGCGAAGAAACUAUUCAAAACUGCAGAGGUGUCUUUCGAAUGCCAUGCAUGGAUUUAUGUCUCUCAUCAAUUCAAAAUAGAUAUUAUUUUGAAAGGAAUGCUCACAGAAUUCUGCAAGAGCAGAAAAGAAUCACCUCCAAGCAGCAUGGAGAACAUGCCCAGAGAAGAACUGCGAAGGACCAUAUACAACUACCUGCAAGGAAGAUGGUAUGCACUCGUCCUCGAUGAUAUUUGGGAUAUUCGUGUUUGGGAUGGUGUGAAGGAUGCUCUGCCUCGUGAGGGCAGAGGCAAGAUCAUCUUCACCACCCGCAUGCAAAAUGUCGCAUCUCCCGUGGGCGAGAGAUGUAACAUACAUGAACUCGAGCCGUUAUCUGAUGAUUUGGCUUGGGAGCUCUUCUGCAGAAAGGCCUUUUGGGACAAAGACCCCAAAGGGACUUGUCCACAGCAUUUGAUUGGAGUGGGAGAAGCCCUGGUCAGAAGAUGCAGAGGCUUACCGCUUGCAAUCGUGGCGAUAGGUGGCCUCAUGUCAAAGAAGAGCAUGGAUGCUUUUGAAUGGAAUAAUGUACUAAAAAAUCCAGACUGGGAAUUGACCCACAACGAAGAUCUUGCAAGAUUGAACCAAGCCCUGCUCAUGAGCUACCGUUAUUUACCUCCUCACCUCAAGUACUGUUUCUUGUGUUGUGGUAUGUUUCCUGAGGAUCAUGUAAUCAAGAGAAAUAAACUGAUCCGCAUAUGGGUGGCUGAAGGCUUCGUUGAGGAGAGUCCAGGGAAGACGCUUGAGGAGGUCUCAAGUGAUUACUUUGUUCAACUCAUUAACAGAAACCUCCUCCAGCCCGUCACUCAUAUAUUGUCAGGGAAGUUGAUAGCGUGUCAAGUGCAUGACCUCAUGAGUGACAUCGCUAUCUAUAUGUUUAAGAAGGAAGGGUUUGGGACAAUAGUAACAAACCGAGACACCAACGUGGAUGGAAAGCAACGCCAUUUAGCAAUUCAAAACUGUGAAAUUGGCAUUCUAUCUAGCACCGUGGGCUUGAGUCCUCGGUCACUCUUUGUGUUUAAUGUAAAUGACUCUCCUUCCUCAUUACGCAGAACGUUAUUAGAUUUUAAGCUGCUGAGAGUACUAGAUCUUGAUGGCAUUCAAAUCAGGAAUCUACCAGAAGAAGUGGGUGGCUUGAUUGACUUACGAGAUGCUGAUGCAAUUGAGGCAUCUUCUCUUAAUCAGAUACCUUAA